GCAAUCAAAUAUUAUUAAAAAUUUGAAACGACAAAAUUUUAUCCCGUUUUUAAAAAUUCACAGUUCGAUUUCUUCUUAAAGUGUUAUAUUAACUAUGGCCGAUGAGGCACCUGCAGGAGACCCCGGUCCCCCAGUAGCAGAAUCCACAGGGAUAGACCCAAAUCGCUCUGCUGCAUCAACUACAGGAGCACGGCUGGCAACUACAGAUCCUCUAAACACGGAAUUUCUCUACUACAGUUCUGUGCUGAGGACUUUAGCACCCACAUUAUCCCAGGAAGGAGAUCGUCGAAACAUUUGCCCUUGGAUCAGAAAAUUAUAUAGACCUGAAUAUCAAAGCUCGAAAUUUAGAGAAAAAAGAAAUAGGUACUUAAGUUACCUUACAAAUUCCCUACUUCUCGAUGAAUCAGUGGAUAUUUUCCGAGAGUUCCCUCCAGACGGUGCCCUAGCCGAUUUGGAAACUUUCCAUCCCAAACCUGUACCAGCUGCCCAGUGGGAGAUUGAUAACAUGUGGCAGGACACACUCCAGCAUCUGCCUGAAGAGUUUCAGCUUCUUGAGUGUUUUAUCCACGAUUCUGCCGAAUUGUGUAAACAUGAUCAUGGAUAUGACAAGAUUCUAGAUCAAGAAUUUCAAUUUUUCCUGUACUUGGCCAAACCCUAUGCCUCUAUGAUUACUGGCGGCGCAGAAAGAACAAGAAUAGCUGCGUGGUUGCAAAUACUGUGUUCAAUAUGCGGAAAUGAAUGCUGUUCCCAUAUGAAAGCGAUUAGAAAUGAUUAUAUGAUGGCAAUGCUAGGGUACCUCAUAGAUUUGAGAGCAGUGGGCCCAUUCGCACAAUACCCCUCCUGGCAGAUGCUGAAACCACUGGCCGAAGUCGCCCUCGCCGCCGCUGACAACUGCCAGGUCACCGAUCCCACCGGUUGCUACGCCAAUGAUUUUCUGGCCGAACAGCCCGUGCCAGACGACGGGGCUUUCUGCUAUAUCGCCCUAAGUGGUGAUUUGGUAUCCAGAAAUAUUGCGCCCAAUUGAUUAUGUGUCUUAAUUUAAUUUGUAUAUUUCGGUGUAAUAAAAAUCAAAGUGUU